CGGCCCAAAUAAGCCCAACUGCCCUGCGGAGGGGAUGGGCCCCAGCGCCCUCUUGCGGUCAAACCUUGGGGCUAGCUCAGCUGCCCCUCCUUAACCCUCUUCCCCCCUUCUUUUCUCCUGCCGUGCUCAACGCUGUGUCUCUCUGCCCAGCGGGGGUGACAUCCAGUGCUCCAGGCACAGACCAAAGGAGUCGAAGAUCCCCAAGACCCAGAGAACAGUCGAAGCAACCACAAGCAGAUCUCCAAGGAGUAGCAGGAGAUAAAAAGGGGGAUGGAGAAGGUGGAAGCCUGUUUGACCUGUGUAGCUGCCCCCCGAUGCUCAACAUCUCAGAAAAGCUGUGGUGCAGAUUUGAGGAAUCUGGAUGUCCAGCGGCUCUGGAACCUUUAGAGAACCUCAGCGGCAGGCACAGGCUCCCCAGCGACCAGCAAAACGUAACCUGUCCUUCCCUUCUUGGUGAGGGGAAGAAGAAUGGAACAUACUGUUGUCAAAUCUGGGACCUGAAAAGAGGCAAUGCCUCCCUGAACACCACCAUGUUGCUCUGCGAAGGAAAAAACUCCAGCAACAUUUUAGUGGAGGAGAGCAAGACACCUGAGGGAGCCCGCAGCUUCCUCACAGCAGUGACUGUCACUUCCGCCUCCAUCGGUAUCCUGGCUUUCAUCCUGCUCUCAGUGGGUAUGAUGGCGCUCACCCUGAAGAAGUGGAGGAAUGAACGUUUAUUUAGAAGGCAGUUGAGGGAGCAGGACUACUUUCUCCUCAAACUCAAGGAACCAAAUUCCCAUUCCAGUGCCAUCUAUUCCAACGUCAUCAACCUGGCUGCCUGGAAGGAAGAUGAUUUUGCCACCUAUGCCAAUGUCCUGACCUUCCAACACGCAAGGAGACCCUCACCAGCCACCUGCCGUCGCCCUGAGCAAGUGGAAUAUGCCUCCAUUGUGUUUCGCUGAUGGGCAUUACCAGGGUUCCAGAGGGACUGGAAUAGAGAUGGUGGUGCCCCAAAGGAAAGGGAAAAGGAGGCAGGAGGAAUCACGGUCACCCAUCUUGCUUCUUUGGAGACCCUUGAGAUGUCUGUCUCAAAAAUACACUCAUAUGUAGCCCAGAUGGUUGGGAUUUUCUUGGCUUCUUGAAAAUCCUGUGUUUACUCCUAGUUAAGAGACAGCUCAACUUCGACAGUUAGAGAAAUAGGCAGGUACUGUGCUUAGGAUUCAAGAUAAAUUCCUGGAAGAGGAAGCACUGAAACAGAACUGCUGGGUCACUGCACAUCCAUGUGGGGAGACAUUUCUGACAGCUGGAUUUCUCUGUUUUUCUGACCUGAGGCUUCUCCGAUUGCCCUGAACCAAGGGGACAGAGGAUCAGUAAAUUCAAUAAAAUCAAUAUCAGUCA